AUGUCUUCUUCUAAUUCUACACCAAUCUCAUCAGAUAAUCAAUUACCAUUUGGCAUGUUUGAACCCAUUCGAACCCCCACAGGCUAUUCUUGGUUACAACGUAACACAGCCCUGUGUCAGCCGAGCGAGAAACGAGGACGUCGUAAACAAACGGAACCCGGACGGUUCCUUGGGGUUAGACGUAGGCCGUGGGGUCGCUACGCGGCUGAAAUCCGCGACCCCACGACUAAAGAGAGGCAUUGGCUCGGUACGUUUGAUACGGCUCAAGAAGCGGCUUUGGCUUACGAUAGAGCCGCACUUUCUAUGAAAGGCACUCAAGCUAGAACCAAUUUUAUUUACACUUCCGAUAGUGCUAACACUAAUUUCCCUUCGCUUAUUUCACCUUUUGAACAUGUUCAAAACAUGUUGAACCCUAACAACACGCAUUUCAAUUUCAACACUCAUAUUAACAAAAACACCAAGACUAAAACCACCACCACCACCAAUUCUGAUGAGUCAUCGUCGUAUGGCUCAUCACCUAACGAGAACAAUAGCUUCGUUUUUUUAAAUGAUGACAUGAAUAAUAAUAAUAAUAAUAAUACAAAUUCAGGUUAUUUAUUAGAUUGCAUUGUUCCGGAUAGUUGCUUGAAACCACCACCGCAACAACCACAAGAACCUUCUUCUACUCCUCAGAGUAAAAUGAAUGGGGAAAUAGAGAACACUUAUUAUGAUACGAAUGGAUUCUUCGACAUGUCGUCGUCAUGGGAGAGUUCUUGUGAGUUAUCAGCCAUGACGAUGAAUCAUAGUAGCAACAAUAUGAAUCAUCAAAUGAUGGAUGACGUGGCAGAUGGAAGUUAUUAUUAUCCAAAUAUGGAGAUUAAUAACUAUGAUCACCUAAUGAUGAUGCCUAAUCAUGAAACGACUAAUGCUGCUGCUGCUGCUGCUGCUUUUGGUGAUGUUGAAUUUGGAUACACUACUCUAUUUUGA